GCUUCCAUCGGGGCCCUCAGGCUAGUGUAUAUGUGAGAACCACCAAGCCAGUGAUCAGUUGUUUUUAAGAAUCCUCAACUGUCAAAGUGAGGUUAAAGAGUUCUGCUAUAGCAGAAGAAAAAAGUUAAUUUUUUUUAUAAAUAUGGAAUAAUAUUAAGCAUAAUAAUAAGUACUUUUAAUGAUAAAAAUGUUAGAAGCACCAAAUAAUAAUCUAGGAGUUUGAUCAUUUUCUUUUUAGUUAGAGAACAUGUUUGAGCAUAAAAAAGCUGUAACUUCUUGCCAGUUAAUUUGAAGUCUAAGGAAUAUUUGCUCAUUUAUUUGUAAUAGAUAAAAAGGUCAUUCCUGUAAAAUGAUGAAUAAUGAUAUGACUGCUGAUCAGCGGCGUGUGCUUUUGGAAAGUCGCGCUGCUAUUGAGCGAGGCAACCAGUCUGUUGCAAAGUCACAAGCGAUAUCCAUAGAAACAGAGCAGAUUGGAACUGAAGUAAUCGGAGAGUUAGGAGAACAAAGAGAGACUUUGCUGAGAGCAAAAUCGAGACUCAAUCAGACUGAUCAGGAACUAGAUAAAUCUAAGAAAAUUCUAAAUACUAUGAAGAAAAGAAUAUUAACAAAUAAGUUUGUUUUAAUACUAAUUAUUCUGCUUGAAAUAGCUAUUUUAGGAUGUACAGUUUAUAUAAAAUACUUUGAAAAAUCUAAGAAAUAAAUACGCAAGUUGGUUAAUUU